AUGGCGACUCUCUCCCUCCCUCAGCCCCCGUGCUCUCCCCUCCCCCGCUCCUCUCCCUCCUUCCCGCUGCCUCGUGCCCGUUCGUCGUUGUGGAGCAAGCAGGGGAGGUGUAUGAUCAUCCUCCCAGAAAAGAAGAAGAGAGGAGGAGGAGCGUAUGUGGAGGCUCCCUACGAGAUCGCUGAACCUACCAAGGAGUCCGAGAAGUUCGCUCAGAAGUGUGGAGAGAAGAAGGUCAAGAAGCUGAGCCAGCCAGGCAGCAACUUCGCGUUCUUGAACAGACCUAAGGCGAACCAUGCGCUGGACUUGAGCAUGAUCCGCGAACUGAAGAAAAUCUACCUCGAGACGAAGCUCAGCCCGACCAUCGAUCUCGUCAUGGUCACUGGAGGCAACGAGACAGCCUUCUGUGCGGGAGGAGACGUCAAAGCUCUAGCGCAGCAGGGUAUUCAGCCUAUGGGGAACAAGGCCCCGCAGAUGAAGUUCUUUAAAGAGGAGUACAAGUUGAAUUACCUGAUUGCAAACAUGGCACCCAAGAUCUCAGUCGCCUACGUCGAUGGCUGGUGCAUGGGCGGAGGAGUGGGCAUCUCCAUUCACAAUCAGUACCGUUUGUGCGGGGAAGAUGUUAUCUGGGCAAUGCCGGAGACAGCGCUUGGAUUCUUUCCUGAUGUCGGAGGGUCAUGGUUCCUCCGAGGUUGA